AUGAUCGGGGACUUCGAGUACCUGCAGCAGCGCGUGGCGCUCCGUGUGGAUGUCAUGCGGCGCCACGUCGCGGAGGUGGCCGAGGUGGUGCUGGCUCCCCGAGCCGCUGAGCUGCGCGUCCUGCGGCUGCACGCGCGGCAACUCAAGGUGAAGAGCGUGCGCAUUAACGACGUCGAGGCCAACUUCGAGCAACUUAACUUCCUAGACGAGAUCGUGGACGAAAACUACCGCGACUUGGCUACAUUCGACCUGUUCUACCGUGGCGCUAUCACAGAAGUUGGUACUCAUAAAGAACAAAAGCUGGUACUCGAUGCCUGGGACGUCGAUCGCCUGCCCAAGAGCUCCACAGGCUUCAAGCCUGUAUUAGUUCGGGUCGAAUACGAGCUCGACGAGCCCACCGGCGGCCUGCGGUUCGUCCUGCCGGACGAGCAGUACCAACCCAAGCGAAGUCCACACAUGUACACUUAUUGUGGGCCAUUUGGUGGUCUCUGUGACGGUGCACGGUCGUGGAUGCCCUGUCGGGACACACUGCGAGACGCCUGUACCUUUAGGAUCGAGCUUACAGUGCCCGACUGGUGUGUGGCAGUAUGUAGUGGACAGAUGGUGCAACAGCUUCUCAACCCUGAGACAGACGCCGACGGAGGACAGUGGAGGACGUUCCGAUACGUCGUGAACCCACAGACCAACUGCUCGUCGAUUGGCUUCGCUGUGGGACCUUUCCGACUCUUUGUCCCGCCAGAAAUGCCCCGGAUGACGCACUUUGCGCUGCCCGAAUGCUUCGAAGACCUCGUGCACUGCACGUCCAAGUUGGCUUCGACUAUGUCGUACUUUGAAGGGACAUUGGGGGCGUCGUACCCGUUCAAGACGUACCAGCAGGUGUUUGUGGAAGAUCUGCCCGAUCAGCUGCAAUACGUCGCUGGAGGAGCCAUUCUGGACCAGAAUCUGCUGCAUGGGCCUCGGACUAUUGAUCGAGAGCUGCCGUCGCACUUGGCGCAAGUGAAGGCGCUGGUCGGCAGCUGGAUUGGCGGCGCCGUGGGCAUUCAGAGCACGAAAGACGCGUGGGUGUUGAUUGGAGUCAUCGGCCAUUUAGUCAACACGUACGUGCGGUCUAUUUACGGGGAAGAAGAGUACGGCUACCGUAUCCAACUGGCUAUGGACGCACUGACGACGAUGGAGCUGACGACAGAUCAGCAGUCUCCGGCCUUGCUGUCGUCGGAGGUGGAUGUGUACUCGGAGUACGACCCGUUGUCGUUGACGCUGCUGGACGUCAAGGCGCCGCUGGUGGUGCAUAUGAUUGAGCAGCGUGUAGGACCCAAACAUUUAGGCAUUGCGAUCCAGCGUGCCGUGUCUGGAGGCGCUGGAGCAGCUGCGACGACGGCAACGGAGCCGCUGACGACGCUGUCGUUUCUCAAGACUGUCAAGACGAUCGCUGGAGCGGCAGGUCAAGACCUGACCAAGUCGUUCCUUACGUCGUGGAUUAUUGAGCCUGGUAUGCCCUUCUUUACCGUCGGAUACUGGUACAACCGGAAGCAGACACAAGCCGAAGUGGCGCUGCAACAGGAGAUCCCUCCAGGGGGCAAGCUCUACACUGGGCCAAUCACCAUCACCAUCGUCGAGGACACGAGCGAGUACACGUACCAGAAGCGCAUCGAGCACAAGCGCCACAAAUUCGACUUCCCGUGUCACUCGAAAGUCCGCAAGAAGCGACGAAGGCGUCAGGGACUCGCCGACCCGGACGACUCGGUGUCUGUGGGAGGCCCGGGCAUGGGACUGAACGACACUCCCGUCUUCUGGGUCAAGAUCGACACGGGCUGUGCGUGGCUACGACACGUGGUGAUGCACCAGCCAGACUUUAACUGGAUGGAGCAGCUGCUGUCCGACAAGAAGGUGGGCUCGCGUGUGCAUGCAGCUCGAGCGCUCGCGCUGUUCCAUCGCCCGCACGAGAAGCCGAACGUCAUGUCGUGUCGAGUUCUAACCGAGUGUAUGAGUGGACUGACGACCCACUCGCGACGUCUACGCGCCGAGGCAGCGCAGUCUCUGGGCAUCUGGCAGUCGAUCCACGCGCCGCUCACGAACGCCAACACGCAGCUGCCUAUCUGGAAGGCCAUGCACAACCUGGUGCGUAUUUUCAAGGAGCAUUUCUUCGACCGCGCGACGGAUAUGCCUCUGCCCAACUACUUUUUGCCUUCCGGUGGCAAAGUGAUCCUCGAGGCGCUGGGCGCGCAGCAGGCGUCGAUCUCCAGCAAGCAGAUCCAAUCGCCCGCGGAGAUCGAGACGUUUCUGCUGCAGCUGCUGACGGAGAACGACAACUCGAAGAACUAUGUGGAGAUGGACGACCAAUCGCAGGUGGCCGACGACUGCUACUACCUCGGCAACAUCGUCUUGUCGCUCUCGGUCUUGACGCUGGAUCGACCUGCUCGCUCGGACGACGGCGACGCGGUGGUGCUCGAGAUUCUGCGGUAUCUGCACUACGACCAAGUGCAGCCGAGCUACAACAAGACGAUCACGGUGUGCUGUCUCGAGGCUUUGUGCAACUUGGUGCUGGCUGGACGGUGCGACGAGAAGCUCGUGCACUUCCACGUGUUCGCGUCGCCCAAGCACUCGAAUCUCGUGCGUAAAGCGGCGAUCGAGAGCAUCCUCCGCUUGUAUUUCGCUGAAGACCCCAACGGUCCGACCACGUCGCUGCUGACCAACAGUUAUGGAGCCACGGCUGCGAUGCUGUGGCUCUGCGAGCUGCUGAAGGCGGAACAGUCUCCUGGUAUCCGCUUGUUUGCUGUCCAAGUGUGUCUGAACUGCAUGCGUGGGUUCCCUCCAAGUGUGGGGAAGGAGGUGCUGGCGACGUGGGACCACAGCUACACUCUGGGGCUGAUGAACUACAUCGAGAUGAAGGAGCCGACGGCGUUCGUACUGAAGAGUCCGGAGAAAGAUAAGGUCUUGGGGCUCUUUGAUCGCCCCAACUUGAGUAAACUGCGGGACGACAGCAGCUCGGCGAAGCGGAUUGCGGAAAACCUGUGGAACUUGAUGAACGCGACGGCAGCCAUGGACCAGAGGCUGCGUGUGGCGCUCAUUGUGCUGUAUCGGAAGUUCUGGGGUGAGACGACGCCGAUCGCUGUGGCUCAUAUUGUUCAGGACAAGCCUGCGAACUGGGCGGGGGGCUACGAGAGUCUGCGGUUGAUGAUGGAGGAGAGCAAGAACCGCAUGCUCAUGAACGGCGGACGGGCUGGCACCAACACGGACGCUAACGGACUCGGUAGGAAGUCGGACGACGAUCGGAAACGAGGCUUCUCGUCGACGGCAAGCAGCCCAGCCGACGCAGCUCUGGAACAAUUUCGCGGCAAGAAAUUUAAGUUCAAAAUGGGCGAUACAACCUUCCGAUCCCACAAGCUCUAA